ACUUACACACACACACACGCAUACAACUCUAGGGAGUCCUGCCUCUUAGGAAAAGGGUUUGCAAAAGUCAUGACAAAAAAAAAAGAAACAUAAACACACCCACUACAGCCACAGAAUUCGAUGUAAUUUGCUGCAAGAAGUCUUUCAUCAGAGCUGCCGGCUGAGGCAGGAAGGCUUGGAACACUGAAAGCCUGUUACAACUGAGGCUUGCCUGUCUCUUCACAGAGAGCUUUUAAUACAUUACCCCUGGAGCGCUGAGCGACAUGGAUACAUUCUGUGGAUCUGGAAGGCUGGGCUCUAAAUUCUGGGAUGCCAACCUCUCACUGUAUACGGAUAAUCCAGAUUUGACACCAUGCUUUCAGAAUACUGUAGUCGCUUGGAUCCCUUGCAUCUACCUCUGGACUGCUUUGCCAUUCUAUCUAAUUUAUUUAAAAUAUAAUAAGAGAGGUUACAUUGUGCUGUCCUUCUUAAGCAAGUUCAAGUCGUUUAUUGGCUUUCUCCUCUGGAUAAUAUGUUGGGCGGACAUGUUUUACUCGUUUCAUGAACUUGUUCAAAAUGAUAGUCCACCGCCAGUCUACUUUGUAACACCUCUUUUAGUUGGUAUCACUAUGAUCAUGGCAGCGAUUCUUAUGCAAUACGAAAGGCUUCGAGGCGUUCAAUCCUCGGGUGUUCUGAUCAUCUUCUGGUUUUUAUCAAUAAUAUGUGCAAUAAUCCCUUUCCGCUCCAAGAUAAUAGUUACUGUAAAAGAGGGACAUAUCAGUGAUAAAUUCAGAUUUACUACGUUUUAUAUUUAUUUUUCACUUCUUGUUGUGGAAUUUUUUCUGUCGUGUUUCAAAGAGGCUCGACCAUUCUUCUCCCCUGUUAGCAGUGAAUCAAAUCCAUGUCCGGAAUCCGAAGCUAGUUUUUUGUCAAGACUAACUUUCUGGUGGUUUACCAAAAUGGCUUCUCUAGGCUACAAAAGACCUCUUGAAGAUAAAGAUCUCUGGGCUUUAAAUGAACAAGACACAUCUGCCGUGGUUGUGGAUAAACUAAUUAAAGAAUGGGAAAUCGAGAAAACCAAGUUACGCGAAAUGCCGGUGACGUACAGCAAAAAUCAGGACGCCGUACUUAAUCACACAGAUGACAAGGCACACGAAUCUGAAGUUUUAAUAGUCAACAACAAGAAGUCGAAAGGGCCAUCAUUUAUAAAAGUACUGCUCAAGUCAUUCGGACCUUACUUUUUAAUUGGCUCAGUUUUUAAGCUUUUCCAGGAUCUUCUGUCUUUUGUUAACCCCCAGUUACUAAGCAUCCUGAUAACGUUUAUAAAGGACAGGAAUUCGCCCCCAUGGUGGGGUUUCUGUAUAGCUGUAUUGAUGUUCCUCUCGUCUUUGGCUCAAACUUUAAUUCUUCAUCAACAUUUCCAAUACUGCUUUGUAACUGGCAUGAGGCUGAGGAGUUCCAUCACUGGUAUAAUCUACAGAAAGUCUUUGGUAAUCACAAAUGCAGCGAAAAAAACGUCUACUGUCGGAGAAGUAGUCAAUUUGAUGUCUGUAGAUGCCCAGCGGUUCCAAGAUUUGACCACUUUCUUGAAUAUGCUGUGGUCCGCUCCUCUGCAAAUCUUCUUGGCGUUGUUCUUCUUGUGGCAGGCACUUGGUCCUUCUGUAUUAGCCGGAGUAGCUGUAAUGGUUCUGCUCAUCCCCAUCAAUGCAUUCAUAGCUAUGAAAACAAGAGCAUUUCAAGUGGAGCAAAUGCAAUACAAGGAUUCCAGAAUUAAACUGAUGAAUGAAAUCUUAAAUGGAAUUAAAGUUCUAAAACUGUACGCCUGGGAGCCGUCUUUUGCACAAAAAGUUCUGGAAAUCCGAAGUAAAGAACUCAGCGUACUAAAAAAGUCUGCCUACCUUAACGCCUUAUCCACCUUUGCCUGGACCAGCGCACCCUUUUUGGUCGCUCUGACAACGUUUGCGGUGUUUGUGACUUCGGAUGACAAGAAUAUCCUCGACGCGGAGAAGGCGUUCGUGUCUCUCUCUCUAUUUAAUAUCUUACGAUUUCCUCUGAACAUGCUGCCGCAAGUUAUCAGUAACCUUGCACAGGCAAGUGUGUCAGUUAAAAGAAUCCAGAAUUUCUUGGCCAGUGAUGAACUGGACGAAAAUGCGGUGAAUAGAGAGAAAACUGUACCUGGUAUCUCUAUAACCAUACGGGACGGAACAUUCAGCUGGGCCAAGGACAGCGAACCAGUUCUACAAGAUAUUAAUUUAUUAGUCCCAUCCGGCUCUCUGGUUGCCAUCGUUGGCCAUGUAGGAUGUGGAAAAUCUUCUCUUGUGUCAGCACUUCUGGGCGAAAUGGAAAGAGUUGACGGGGACGUCUCCGUGAGGGGUUCCGUUGCAUAUGUGUCUCAACAAGCUUGGAUACAGAAUUCAACAUUAAAGGAAAAUAUAAUAUUUGGGCGAACCAAUAACGACAAGAACUAUAAAAAGGUUUUGGAAGCAUGUGCUUUGUUGACCGACCUUGAAGUCCUUCCUGGUGGUGAUCAAACCGAAAUUGGCGAAAAGGGUAUCAAUCUGUCUGGAGGUCAGAAGCAGAGAGUGAGUCUUGCCCGAGCCGUCUUUAGUAAUUCAGAUGUUUACCUUCUGGACGAUCCUCUUUCCGCGGUGGACGCACAUGUGGCGAAACACAUAUUUGACAACGUGAUUGGACCUGAUGGUUUACUUAGAGGAAAAACGAGACUGCUUGUUACUCAUGGAGUGAGCUUCCUCCCCCAAGUUGAUCAUAUUGUUGUUAUAGUGGACGGCAAAGUCUCAGAAACCGGAUCUUACCAAGACCUUUUGAAGCAAAACGGAGCAUUCGCAGAAUUCUUACGAAAUUACGCUUUUGAGGAUUCUGUGGAAGAAGACGACAUAACAAUAGAUGAAGAACAAGUCUUGCUGGCAGAGGAGUCACUCAGUAACCACACUGAUUUACCAGAUAACGAGCCUGUUGCUAACGAAGCACGCAAGAAAUUCAUUAGGCAAAUUAGUGUCCUAUCCUCAGAUGGGGAAUCUGGUCACAAGGCAUCAACAAGGAGGAAAAUCUGUGAAAGAAAAAUUUCAGACUCGGUUUCCGUCAUAAAACCUCCAGUAGACAAGUUAAUCCAGACAGAGACAGCGGAGACUGGAAGGGUAAAAAUGACCGUGUUUUGGCAAUAUAUUAAGGCAGUUGGUCUAGCGGUUUCAUUUUUCAUAUGUUUCUUAUACUGUUGCCAAAAUGCAUCUGCUAUUGGUGCCAACGUGUGGCUCAGCGACUGGACCAACGAACCAGUUAUCAAUGGAACGCAACAAAACACACAAUGGCGAGUUGGAGUAUAUGCUGCCUUGGGAUUACUGCAAGGGUUUUUCGUAAUGGUUUCUUCUUUUACACUUGCUAUGGCCGGGAUUGGAGCCGCCAGAAAGCUUCACGCCGGGCUACUGGAUAAUAAAAUGCACACGCCACAAGCUUUCUAUGACACUACGCCAAUCGGUCGAAUCAUCAACCGAUUCUCCAAAGAUAUCUAUGUCAUUGACGAAGUGAUCCCACCGACCAUCUUAAUGUUCCUGGCCACUUUCUUUACAUCUCUGUCAACCACGAUUGUCAUCAUCUCCAGCACGCCACUGUUUGCUGUGGUCAUAAUACCACUUGCAUUUGUAUAUUUCUUUGUGCAAAGAUUUUACGUUGCUACCUCUCGACAACUGAAACGUCUCGAGUCGGUCAGCAGGUCCCCCAUCUAUUCCCAUUUUUCUGAAACCAUCACUGGUACAAGCAUUAUCCGAGCGUACGGAAGGCAAAACAGCUUUGUGCUAUUAAGCGAUAGCAAGGUGGAUGAAAACCAAAAAAGUUACUACCCUGGAAUUGUAUCAAACAGAUGGCUGGGAAUCCGCGUGGAGUUCGUUGGGAACUGUGUAGUCCUUUUCGCUGCCUUGUUUGCUGUGAUUGGCCGCGAUACUCUUAGUCCUGGGCUGGUGGGACUCUCCGUGUCCUACGCAUUACAGGUAACAAUGUCCUUAAACUGGAUGGUGCGAAUGACUUCUGAUCUGGAGACAAAUAUUGUGGCUGUUGAAAGAGUGAAGGAAUACUCAGAAACCGAGACAGAGGCACCAUGGAUAAUCGAGGAGAAACGACCUCCAGAGGACUGGCCAAGUAAAGGAGAAGUAACGUUAUCAAACUAUUCUGUUCGUUAUCGAUCUGGCUUAGAUUUAGUGUUGAGAAGCCUAAAUCUCCAAGUGAAGGGGGGAGAAAAGGUUGGCAUUGUUGGAAGAACUGGAGCGGGGAAAUCAUCGAUGACCCUUUGCCUUUUUAGAAUUUUGGAAGCCGCAGAAGGAAUCAUCACGAUAGAUGGUGUAAAUAUCUCAGAAAUAGGUCUUCACGAUCUAAGGUCCAUGCUGACUAUCAUUCCUCAGGACCCAGUACUUUUUUCUGGCACUUUAAGAAUGAACCUUGAUCCUUUUGAUAAAUACUCAGAAGAAGAAAUAUGGAAAGCACUGGAACUGUCCAAUUUGAAGAAAUUUGUUACCAGUCAGUCAAAUAAACUGGAAUAUGAAUGUUCUGAAGGAGGCGAAAACCUAAGUGUUGGACAAAGGCAACUUGUCUGUCUGGCCAGAGCACUACUCCGCAAAACUCGAAUUCUCGUUCUGGAUGAAGCUACUGCCGCGAUUGACUUGGAAACAGAUGAUCUUAUCCAAACGACCAUAAGGACUCAGUUUGAAGACUGCACGGUGCUAACAAUUGCUCACAGGCUAAAUACCAUAAUGGAUUAUACCAGAGUCCUUGUUUUAGACAAAGGGAAAAUUGCAGAAUUUGAUACGCCGGCAAAUCUUAUAGCUUCAAAAGGAAUUUUUUAUGGAAUGGUGAAGGACGCUGGAUUAGCUUGAAUUUUAUAAUUGGAUUAUGUUACAAGUUCUUUUAUUUGAAAUUUUUUUUAAUUUUAUUUUUAUUUUUUUGUCGAUGUAAAUAAAAUUUCCAAAACAAAUUUAUUUUUUACAUUUA